CUGAUUUACUUGUGCAGUGUUGAAAGUUAGCAAAUUUAAAAUGGUUCGCACUAUAACGCAGAAAUAUUUUCCAUUACCCACGGCUGCUCCACAUGUUUCGGGAUAUGCGUCAAGAAAGUGGUCCUUAACCACACGACAUUCUCCUCCUCAAAUAUAAAUAACGUUUUAGAAUCUGAUUCUCGUAGUGUACGUCUUGGUUUGUAGUAUUUUCUUGUACGUAAAUGCACCAUAUCAGUCAUAACAAGGACAACACUGGGACCACACAACUAAAGAUUACUUAUACAAGUCCUUUUAGAUAGAUUUUAACACAAAAACAGUUCUAGAAAUACAUAAAUUAUUACGUUACAAGCUGUCUGAUGCCUGGGCAGCUAUUAAAAGUUGGAAAGGGAUAUUGUUUUACGAAUGACUUGGACAUCAUGUUCUUACACAUGAAUAAUGCCCGGUAUGUAAGGGAAUUAGACUUUGCAAGAUUCCAUUUUUAUGAUCGUACUGGUCUUUAUAAGAAAAUUGUGGACGGGAAAGGAACAGUGGUUCAAUCUGCUUGCAGCAUAAGAUAUCGUCGACCCAUAUCCAUCUUCACACCAUUUACAGUAACAACUAAAAUUAUUGAUUGGGAUGACAGAAACAUAUACAUCCAGCAGAAUUUCAUAACAAUAUCCGAUAAUUUUAUUCGGGCGACUGUUCUAAGCAGACAAACAGUGAAUGGUCCAAACGUUCAAGAAAUAAUGGAGAGCCUAAUAGAUGAAGACAGUCCAUUCAAACCGAAUCCAUCACUGGAAUUGAAACAUUGGAAAGCAUGUUUGGAAGAGUCAAGUAACAGUCUAAAGAAGAAAGAUUAGGAUACAGUGCCACCGUUUCCUUUUCAUAUUAAGUUUU